UGGUCUAGCCUCGCCUCCCAGGUGUGCAGGAUUCAUCCUUGGAUGACACGCGCCCCUUAAACGGUGCUUGUACCUGGGAAUCUGUGCCACGGGCACUGGUGCAUCUCCCUUCCCCCUCCGGCUGAGAGCCACUGGGUUCCCGCUGCCGCCUCCUGCAGUGAAGCGUUGGAGAGCUGCACCCCUUCCAUGGAGGGCCCCACCAGCCCUGUCCCCAGCUGGGCCCCUGCCCCCUGACUCUGUGCCUUCCUCACGCCCACAUUCACGCUUGGUCUGAUCCUGGGGCUGCCUGUCGGGGGUGCCCUCCCCCACACCUCUGCACUGCAUGGCUCUGGCCUUGCCCUGCCUGGGAGACUUGGGCCCUUGCAUCCCCCUCAUGUGGACACGGACCACCUGGCCUUGGCAGUGAUUCCCCCCUUCUGCACCCCCGCACCACUCUGGACUCAGCUCUCUGGGAGCCCCUGCCUCCCCGUGGACCCUGCAGGUGACAGAGACUGCGGCAGAUGCAGUGGUGCCAUGUCGGGCGACUACGAGGAGGAUGUGUGCCGCAGUGCGCUUACCCUGGUCAAGGAGCUGUGCUUCAGCCUGCGGGCACUGGAGCAGCAUGAGAAGUGCCUCGAGUUCACUGACUUGCUGCGCAACCGUGGGCACCCCCGGCCCACUGAUGCCGACAUCUCUGUCAGCCUGCUCUCUGUCAUCGUCACCUUCUGCGGCAUUGUGUUGUUGGGCGUCUCGCUCUUUGUGUCCUGGAAACUAUGCUGGAUCCCCUGGAGGGAUAAAGGGGCCUUACAGACACCUCGCAAGGACCAUGGCCACCUGCACCAUUCACCCUUUGGGGACCUGCUGGCUGAGCGGGUCGAGCUAGGGCCUGAGAUGCCUGAGCGCUCCUACCUUGACAUGGACUCCUACCCCGAGGCAACACUUAAGCUGAGCCAGACCUCUCCUGACCUGCCCGUGGAGAAGGAGGGUAGUGGGGGCAUCCCCAAUGCCCACUCCCACCAGCAGGUGGCCAGCCUGGCACCCGCUCCCAGGUACAACACCUUGCCGCGCCCCAUGACUCAGCAGCUGUCGAGCCCGGAUGUGGGCAGCCAUGGCGGGGAGGACAAACCAGAGCAGGUCACCAGCAUCGGGCAGAUCAAGCCAGAGCUGUACCGGCAGCGCUCGGGGGAAGCAGAGCACCGCAAGGCAGAGGCCACCCCUUGCGGGCGUAUCAGCUUUGCCCUGCGCUAUGCCUAUGCCUCAGAGCAGCUGGUGGUGAAGAUCCUACGGGCCCUGGAUCUGCCAGCCAAGGACGCCAAUGGCUUCUCAGACCCCUAUGUCAAGAUGUACUUGCUGCCCGACCGCAAGAAGAAGUUCCAGACCAAGGUGCAUCGCAAGACACUCAACCCUGUCUUCAACGAGACCUUCAGCUUCAAUGUGCCCUUUGCUGAGCUGCCCUCCCGCAAGCUGCACUUCAGUGUCUACGACUUUGACCGCUUCUCCCGCCAUGACCUCAUUGGGCAGGUGGUGCUGGACAACCUGCUGGAAAUGGCUGAGCGUGAUGAUGAGGCACCCAUCUGGAGGGACAUCUUGGAGGCCAGCUCUGAGAAAGCAGACCUGGGUGAGGUGAACUUCUCGCUGUGCUACCUGCCCACAGCUGGUCGCCUCACUGUCACCAUCAUUCGUGCCUCCAACCUCAAGGCCAUGGACCUCACCGGCUUCUCAGACCCGUAUGUGAAGGCGUCACUGAUGUGCGAGGGCCGGCGAUUGAAGAAGAGGAAGACGUCCAUCAAGAAGAACACGCUGAACCCCAGCUACAAUGAGGCACUUGUCUUUGACAUCCCCAAUGAGAGCAUGGAGCAUGUCAGUCUCACCAUCGCCGUCAUGGACUAUGACUGCAUUGGGCACAAUGAAGUGAUUGGAAUGUGCCGUGUGGGCAGCGACGCUGAGGGGCCUGGCCGGGAGCACUGGGCCGAGAUGCUGGCCAACCCACGCAAGCCCAUUGAGCACUGGCAUCAGCUGGUGGAGGAGAAGACCUUGAACAGCCAGAUGUCCAAGAGCGCCCAGCGUGACAAGCCGACCAUUGUGGUGGAGAGCGUUCACUCGGACUAGCCCCCACACCCGGCCCCCAGCUGAUUGUGACUGCCUCCCGGCUUUGUGCUGUUCUGGCUGGGGAGGCUGGGGCGGGGGUGACCUUUCUCAAAGCCAUAGGCAGAAGCCAGGAUGGAGCCGCCCCCAGCCCCUCCCUGGCACUGGCCAGGGGGUGGGAUGCAGGUUGGGAGCCCCGCUCCCACCUCCCCAGGACUUGCAUGUAGAGGGACCUCGGUGCCCUCCAGCCCCUGGGGCAGGGCCAUAACGCCUGGCUUCAGCUCCCCCCCACUGUGAACCCAGGAGUCCGGUUCAGCGCUCUGCAUCUUAUCUGGAAGAGGGGGAGCCUCUUGACUGUGUGGAGUGGAGCCCACCCAGACCACCCCGUUGAACUGCCUGCCAUGGGCACCAUGCCCCCUCCUGUGGGGCUUUUCUCUAGGGCUCAUAGAGAGGACCCAGCCUCCCCCUGUCUGCAUGGACUCCAGGAUGCCUCCACCCCUACCCCCACCCCCAGCCAGAAGGCCUGGAGGAUUUGGGCCCCUGGGGGAGGGGCACUCUGUAGCAAGGACUGAGCUCUUUGUGGGGGAGGGGGGGAAGCUACAGAGAUCCUGAGGGGGACCUAGCUUCAGCCCCUCCUCCCUGCUGGAUCUAGACUUUAAGGAAUGGGGGGCACAGUAUGUGCCCCCUUUCUCACCCCUCAUCUUGUUUCUCUGUGGUUUUGCAUGAGUGUUUCCCCUUCCCGGUGUUCGGGGCUGGUGGGGGAGGGGAGAGGAGAAUCCAGGCAUCUGGGUCUCCCCUCCUCCCCCCUUUUUAAGGGGGACAGGCUGGGGAAAUCUUCCUCUUGGAGACCCCAGACAUCCAGCUCACGUCUUUGUCCCCCUUCCUUGCCCCAUUGUUCGGAAUGUUGCCCCCCGUGACGCACGUCUGUCUGUCUCUGUCUGUCCGUCCGUGUCUGUCCUUCCGUCUGUUUUCCCUGUUUUUAAGUGUGUGAGGAGAAAAAAAAACAAAAAAUCCAGAACAAAAAAACAAACAAAACAAAACACAGAAGCAAAAGACCAAGGCGCAAGUGGAAACCAACACCUCUGCCUCCUGGAGAAGCCAUAGAUAUCCCUUUCCCUCCCUCAUGGACCAGGGACCCCUAGUGUCCGGGGCCUGGGGGAGGGCGGGAGCUGGCGGGAGGGGUCCUGUCCAUCCCAUUCUGCAAUACGAGUCGGAGCUGCUGCUAUUAUGACCUUAACAAUAAACCUGGUGAGAGGUGA